AUGAAAACCAGACAAACCAAGAGCUUAGAAGAUUCUACAUUAAUUGUCACUAGUCAAGGUCUGCCACCUCGUAAAAGAGCUGUGAAGCAAAGAGAAUGUGAUAAAACAUUGGCUUUAAGAUCACGUGACUUCGUUUCUCCGAAAAAUGCCAAGAAACAAACACAUUCACCGAAUUUGGGCAGAGAAAAAGAAAGAAAUUUAGAAGCAGAUCUGCCUCAAGCAGUAACAAAUUCGAUGGAUUUCUUUGAGUCACUUGCCGAAGAGAAUAUAGAACAAACUUUUGAUAAUUCACCGAUAGUCCAAAACGAUUUAAUUACUGAAGAUAAAGGUUUCAAACUCAGGAAACAACUAUCCAACAAAUUCAAACGUGUGAAUCCAGACGACGGAGCCAAUCAAAACGGGGAGACUGAGCAAAGCCAAAAAAGAAAUAACCCUAAUAAGCACUCCAAAUCGGUUUCGGAGACAGUUACGAAAUGCAACAACACACUUAACCUUCUGGAAAACUUGGAUAAAACAAAAGACGAGAGAUGUAAUAAAGACAUUGAACAAAACUUGGAGAGAAAAGUAGAAACGAACAAAAAAGAAAAAACGGAAACGAAUUGUCAGAAUGAUACAAAAAAUGGAACCAAGAAAGAUAUUGAUAUAGAAACUCCAUACGAAAAGCUUGGAUGGUUUGGCCCCGGAAGUGAAACUCUCGUCCCUCCGAGAAAAAUGAACAUGAAGGAGUACAAGGCUUGGGCUCAGUAUGAGAUGGCUACAGCAAGAAAUGCUUUGAGACUUCAGGAUCAAAUAGACACAAAGGAAUUCAUUCCAGACGUUUGUGGCUGUGAUAAAAAUUCAGUAGAGAGACGAAAGCUGAAACUCAAUAAAAGGCUUACCAAGAAGGAAUUGCAAAAGAAAGAACUUAGCACGCUACAUUUAGCUAAGAAGCUUUGUACAAUCGACGUAGGAAUAUGUGAAGCCGUGAUUAACAAAGACCAGCCUGAAAACACAGAAAAAGUCAAAGAUUACGUGAAGCAAAUAAGCACCAUGCAUAUUACUCCAUCUGCACUCCUGUAUGUCCCUCAUUUGGUAGAUGUUAUCAACAAGUGCUGUCUUUGCCAGGAUACCAUUGAAGUGCGAGAAGAAGCGAAAUUUUGUUCGAGAAAGUUUGAAGCCUUAUUUCCAGUACCGGAAGGGGAAACGUAUCAGAGCGUUCUCACGGCUGCAGCCAGAAAAGCUCAAAGGAAAAUUCUUAAAUACUGACGUUGAGUUUUAGUAUUUUUUGUAUUUCAAGUUAUUAAUAUAAACCCGUUUACGUUUUCCA